AUGGCCAUUCUAUUGGAAUUGCCAACCGAGAUUCUUUGGGAAGUAGCCGACACCCUAAAGGGACACGAAAUUUCUGCUCUUGCUCGAACCAGCCGAACGCUCUAUCCCAAGUUACGGCUGGCCCUGAUAAAAUACAACGUCAGACAUCAGAAUAGUUCUGCACUUCACUGGACCGCUAAAACCAACGAUACCAAAUUUGCCAAGACCUUGCUCUCUUACCGAGCCAACGUGAACGCAUUGGUCAAUGAUUGUUCCCCUUUGAUGACUGCUGUUCAAUGUGGGUCCAGAUCGACGUUCAAGCUUUUCCUGAAAAAUCAAACGACAAACGUCAACCUGAGGAACAAGGCUGGAAAAAGUGCUCUGUGGUAUAGCGUGGAGAAAAAGACAUCGGCUGUCGUGAAGAGGCUCCUCGAACACCCUGAAAUCGAGAUUAAUCUUUCGCAUUCUGAGCGCCAAACUGUGCUCUGGCUUGCUGUCUUUCAUCAAAACAGAGAGCUUGUGGCCUUGUUGCUCUCAAAAGGUGCCAACCCCAAUGCGGCGGAUCAGGAUGGUAUAUCGCCGUGGAUCGAGGCCUGUAUCAAGAAUAAAAAUGUUAUCAAGGAUUUAUUCCUAGAUCAUUGGAAUAAUAUCGGCCCCAAAUUGAAAAGCGAGACGUGUACCGGCAAUGCAGAAAUGAUCAGGGAUGCUGCAAACAACGAUGACCCUGGCGCUUUGCGAGUGCAGCUCGGGGGAGAGAAUGUUGUUGCAGUGGAUCACCAAGGAAGAACCGCCUUGCAUCUUGCAGCUGCUCAUGGAGAUUUCUUGGCCGUUGAGUCACUCCUCUGCCAAAAGUCCAUUGAUCCUGGUGCGUUAGACCAACGAAACAGGACCCCGCUCCACGCGGCUGCAAUGAGUGGACAUCUCGCAGUGGUAGAUCUGCUGCUGCGCCGAACGAAUGCUUUCCUGAAUUGCCAGGAUAUCCAUGGUAAUACUCCACUAUGGUGGGCAACCUCAAGACAUCACGACGACGUCACGAAGAGGCUUCUGAGCGAGGAUGACGUGGACGUCAAUGUGGUUGGAGGGGGCGGAAGAUACGACAGACCUUCUACUUCCCUCCAUCACGCGGUGAGAAGAUUGGAUACAGUUGUUUUGCGGUGGCUUCUCGCAGUGCCGUCGCUUGAUCCCAACAUCUGCGCGAGUUUCCAAUCCCCUCUCUGUCUGGCUAUAAGAGAGGGUCACACUGCAGUGCUAAGAUUGCUUCUCACCCACAAAGAUAUCCAAAUCAAUGCUCAACAUUCAGGUGGAGAUGCACCACUCUGCCUAGCCACUGAAAACGGUAAUGUGGAUGCUGUGAAGCUGUUAGUGGCACAAGGUAGCCGACUAAAGAUCAACCAGCUGAGCAGAAUUGAUGAGGAGACUGCAAUUUCCGUUGCUAUUCGCAAUGCAAACUUGCAUAUUUUACACAUCCUGCUGCAGCAUCCUGACAUUGACCUCAAUCAGCACAAUCGUUGGGGUGAGACCGCGCUGCUGAUAGGAGUCAGGGAAGGAAACAUCGAGGGAGUAAAACGACUGCUCCAGGAUCCGAGACCUAUCUACAGCCUGAGAAUUCCAGCUGAAAUUGCCAAGUCCCGCAAAAGGCAUGUCAUAGAGAAGCUGAUUAGGGAUAGAAUAGAGCACAACAGUCGCCGCGGUUAUUAUCGAGAUCAGACUUCCUCAAUCUAA